UGUCUUUUGCCUUCAUAACCAGUCGUGAUUAUCGCGAUUAGAUUAGGGUAGGGGGAGGAGGUGAAAGUUAAUCAACUUUAGUUUUUCGAAGUGUCAGUGAAAAGUGGCUAAAGUUAUUUAUUUAUGAUUGCUAUAUAUUUUGUUUCAAAAAUUAACCAAAUAGGUAUCUUUUACAUUAUUUGUAAAUUACACUGUUCAUUUUGUUAAGGUUAUAAUUAAUGUAUACUAAUGUAUAUUGUAUACGUUUUGUGUAAUUAUGUCACUUUGUAAUUAUUUUAAUAAGUGUUUCGUUAUUUGUUUGAGUCUUUUUGCUUUAAGUCUUACCCAAACACUUGUUAGUAAUGAUGUAAACAUUGGUGAAUUACCUUUUUGUAGAGAGAAUGGAGCUGAUCAGAGAAGACUUAUUCUCGUAAGCACCUUGGAUGGAAAAAUCUCAGCAUUGGAUGUGGACAAUGGCGGCACAGAAAACUGGAGUGUUCACACUGGUCCAGGGUCAAUGUUGUCAUCAAGUAUUCACAGGCUUGAAUUGACCAACAAUGGUCAAUGGGUGCGGAUGAUUCCAUCUCUUAGUGGUGGAUUGUACAAGUUCAAUGGUGAACACAUUGAGGCUAUCCCCGUCACUGCUGACAAACUUCUUCGCUCUUCUUUCCGUUAUUCUGAAGAUCUUGUGAUCUCAGGAGGAAAGGAGAGUCGCACAUAUGGUGUGGAAGUGGACACAGGGCGAGUGCUGUACGAAUGCACGAUGGGUGGCUGUGACAACCUGACAGAAGCAGAGGUGGUGGGCGAUGUGGUGUUGGUACAGCGUCAGACGCAGACUGUGCGUGCCGUCGAGCCGCGGACCGGCAUCGAGAAAUGGAACUUCAGUGUGGGCCAGCAUGAGUUGAAGGUGGCUCCGGGUCCUCAGAUAGGCUGCUACUCCAACCCCAGCCAACAGCCCCUGUCCGAUGUGCAACUUAAGGUCAUCGUUCCCGAAGGUCUGGUGUGUGCCGUCAGUAAGUCAAGCCCUGGUCGAGUCCUUUGGAGCCACAAGUUUGACUCGCCUGUGGUGAGUGCCUGGCAGAUGGGUCAAAGUCAAGUGGAGGACGUGGAUCUGUUCAGUGGCACUCAUCCACCGCUCGGACCAGACGAGGAGCCUCUCCCUUCCUCCCCAGCCCUAUACGUAGGCAUGCAUCAGAAACAGUUGUACAUACAGGAGAGUGUGAGCAUGCAGCAGAAGUUAUACGAACUUGCAGCCAGUUACCGACAUCAUCUGGUGAACGACGAGCGCAGCUUUCCUCAGAUACCAUGGAAACCAAUACCUGUCACCAGCACAGCCGUUGGUUUACCGAGUCCCGAUCCUGAAGUAGCGGCAGACAUGGAAGAUUCAAACCAAACCACUGCAAUCGCUGUCCUUUAUGCAUCAGAAUAUGUUAACGGGAAUGGCUACUUCCUGUACAGCAAACAAGAGCCCCGCCGAGGUACACUUGUCACCCUGUGUCCUGCGAACGAUACCAACAACAACACUGGUAAGGAGGAGAUACCAGUGAUCGAGUCCCCUGAUGAGAUUGUCUUCACCCACAACCAGAUAUAUGUGGUGUCUCUGUGGUUCUGGUGGAGGGAAAUUCUUGUGAUCAGUGGAGUUACUGCUACUUUGGUUCUCCUGAUACAGUACAGACUUCAAGCUUUUAAUAUUCCUACUAGUCAAAUUAUUCUAGUGAAGGAAUCACAGCCCACUUACAGUUCCCAGAUGUCAAACCAGGAUACUGUGGUCACCUCUCUCUCAACCCUCCCUCUUCGUCCUUCGGAUAGUUUUGAGUCUCGCUUCCUUUCUGACUUCAUACCGGUCCACUGUCUUGGCAAAGGCGGCUUCGGAGUGGUAUUUGAAGCCAGGAAUAAGAUCGACGACUGUCACUACGCAAUAAAAAGGAUUCCUCUUCCCAACAGUGAGGAGUCUCGGGAGAGGGUGAUGCGUGAGGUGAAGGCGUUGGCGAAGCUAGACCAUCAGAACAUCGUAAGGUACUUCAACGCCUGGCUGGAGUGUCCACCUCCUGGCUGGCAGGAGAAGCAGGACCAGGCUUGGCAGAAUACCAGGGGUGCAGCGAGCUCUAAUGGCGAUGCAUUCACUGUAGAUCUGACAGGUCAGGUGACACCAGAUAGUGAGCGCAGUGCAGGCAACGUUAUCAACCGGAGCCGGCUGAAGCCUCUCUCUCUUUGGCAAUCGCCAGACGGGCUCUCUGAGAGUUCAGGAUUGCCACCGGUACCCUGCUCUGGAGACACAGACAAUGACUCUUUCAUCGUGUUCGGCUCUCCGUCCCGGGAAGUGUCCAAGGUGGACGACGACGUGUUUGAAGAAAUAGAAGUCAAAGAUGAGAAACUGGAGAGUGCCAUCACAGUAGGGACCGAUACCUCUAUGGACACAAACACAGACCAGACAGACGUGGAGGAGACCAACAAUCCUCCGAAGAGGCCAAAUACUCUAUCACUAGACACAAAGUCUGGCAAUGUCUGCGCUUCCAGAAUGUACUUGUUUAUCCAAAUGCAGCUCUGUAAGAAGGAGAGCCUGAAGGAUUGGCUGAAAGAUAAUAUCCAUGAGAGGCCUAGGAUGGCAGUAAUUAAUAUUUUCGACCAGAUUGUACAGGCUGUUGAGUACGUUCACAUGCAGGGACUUAUUCAUAGAGACCUCAAGCCUUCCAACAUCUUCUUCUCGCCAGAUGGCCAAGUGAAGGUAGGGGACUUUGGACUGGUGACAGCGAUGGCAGAGAGUCCUGCAGACUUGUGGGUCAGCGUGGAGACUGAUCUGGACAGCUGGGUGGACGAGAGGCACACAGCCCGUGUCGGUACACAGCUCUACAUGAGUCCGGAGCAGGUGUCCGGCAAGCCGUACAGCUACAAGGUGGACAUCUACUCUUUGGGAGUGAUCCUGUUUGAACUGCUGGUACCAUUCAGCACACAGAUGGAACGAAUACAUACCCUGACCAACCUGCGGGCCAACAAGUACCCUCAGGACUUUCAGAAUAAAUUUAUACAAGAGUUUGAGCUGUUGAGGUUGAUGUUGUCUCAUAGGCCAGAUGAGCGGCCGACAACAUACGGUAUCCGAGCACGGCCCCCGCUCAACUGUGACUCACCACUCGGUACCUCUAGUGAGUGGCACUUUGAGUUGCCGAGCAGACGCCGGCUGUCCACCUCCGUGAGCAAGUCCUCUAGCCAUUCGUCCAGUCUGGACUCUUGAUUUUCGUAGGUUUUGCUGUGAUUCAUAAGUGUCAAUCUCGAUUAGCUUUACGUUUUCUUUAAUAUCUGUGAUAUGUACUCCUGUAGUAAAUACUAGUUGAUGCAGGGUGUGUUACAAUAUAGUGCAACCAAUUAUAUUUGUUUACUGCACCCGUGUAAGGUCGUAAAACAGUCUAUUUUUAGCUUUUUAGAUUUUACUCUGCUGACUUUUGCAGAGGAUUCAUCAGUAUGAUUGGACAUCUAACAGAAUGAAGAAGAAAGUCAAACAGAAAGUAAAGAGCACUUAUGUAGAGAACAUAUCUAAAUCUAUGUUGACUACAUUGUGAUUCAUUACACUCCUCCGUGGUCCGUAAUUUCAUUACAAGUUAAGUUUAAGAUCUGAUUUUCAUAAUAAAUUUGCACAUGAAUUUAGUCCAAGCAUAUAAAUCAACAUUUGAAUAAUUGAAAUAGAAGUGAUUAUGAUAAUGCUCUAUGCAAUGUAAAAUUUUACAUAAUAAUCAACUUAAAAUAAUAGAAUAUUAAUAGUGAUAUGUUCAAUCAGCACAGAUUCGACAAAAGUCUACUGUUAUUAAUUAUAAUAUGAUUAUCUCAUCUUUCAAUUCAAGUUUAUUUUAAUUCACAAAUUGUAAAAGGAAAUGGUGCUUUUUUAAUGGUAAAUCGAACUUUGUACAGUUGUAUCUUGUAAAUAUUUUAUUGAUAAUUUUUAUCUUCCUAAGAACCAAACAAAAGUAGUUCAGGCAAUAAGAAUUUCACAUGUUAUUUUAAAUAAUUACAAGUAGAUACUUGUAUUUUUACUUUCUGUGUGAUCUUUCUGAAUCACAUUAGAAUGGUUACAUAUGUCUGUAAAAUGGUUUAAUAAGUUAAAAACAACAAUAAUUAAUGUAUUAGUAUUACAAUAAAUUAGGUGAUAAGAUCACAUAAGUUAGUGUAGUUUAAUUUUUCUCUAAACAUUUUGCAUUUGUUAUAAGUAAGGAUCAAGAUUGAGUUCUUUUGCUUAUAUAAAAGAAUAUUCUUAUAGGAUGUAAUAACUUGAGAUAUAUGUAGGCUGAAUUAAAUAUUUUAUGCGUUAUCUGUGAAUUAUUAAAAACAUGUUAUUUGCAGGGAAUUGAAACUAAAGUGUACCUGCUUGUAAAAACAUUUGUGCUCCUAAACAUUUAAAAUACAAUGUACAUUUUCUUCCAAGCGUCACACAGCAGUUAGGUGGAAGUUCACUGACAGCCUCAGCCAUGAGCAACAUGGGAAGGUCCAAAAGUAAACAGAUUCUAUGUGUCUCUGAUCCACCUGUUACUUGAUAUAAUAACGGGUUACAUCUUCCAGACAACUCAUUCACUACUUCUUGUGUAUUAUAUUUGUUUCUGGAGCUUUAAACAUUUCUGAAGCAUAUGUACACUUGGUUUAAAGGUAGUUGUUGGUGGGAUAAUGUCAUAGGCAUCUCUUCAGAUACCUCGGAUUUGUCAAAAAUGACAUUCACUGAAGCCUCUCGAAAUGUUGGUUUCUCUCUGUGGAGAUAGAACGAUGUGAAGACAUAAUUGAAGUGCCUAAAACAGAUUGGUCAUAAAUGUUAUGUUAUUAUGUUUUAUAUCAGAUUUUUAUAAUUUUUAAAAUAUACAUUUAAAAUCUAGGUAACUGUUUAUAGAUAAACUUGUGAUAAUCAGAGAAAUUUAUAUAAAGAUAUUUAGUUAAGUUUAACUUUUUCUUCUUUUUUAUACAGUGGGAGCAUGUGUUUUGCAUUGCAUAAUUUAUUUCAUGAAUAGUUGUUUCAUAAUAUUAUGGUUUAAAUGUAGGUUUAACUUAUAUUCAAAAGGCUAUUUGUCAAUACCGUGCAUCUUAGCUUUACAUUCCUAUGUUAAGUGUUUAAACUUAAAUAUGUAUGUUCUGUAGUCACUUACUAUAGCAUGGAUAAUUUUCCAUGGUGAUUGGUGUGGCCAUCUCAAACCGAAUCUGUAAUAUGUAAUCAGCAACAAAUUAAUCAAAUUUCUAAUCAAUCAACUGCCAAACAAAAAAGCUCAAUAAUCUGGAAUACAUCAAGUGGAAGGGAACUUUAGGUAAUCUGUUCAGGAAAACAUAAAGAUUAACAUUGUUGAAAUAUAUAAUUCCUGUGAAACUUGACUAGUGUAUUACCAAUCUUCUCUUAAAUAGAGAAUACAGCAGUUAACUAUUUGUAUUAGCUGAUAAGUAUUUAGAAUCGAGUAAAUAUAUUAUAACAAAUUAAUAAAAAUACAUCACAUAAUAUACAUUUAAAUAUGGAUUGUAGGUGGCCUGUUUAAUAGUGUUUUUUCUUAUUAUGGAUAAUGUUUUCUGAGUAACUUAAUAGCAGUGUACAAUUGAUGCAGCCAACUUUCUCUAAUCUAGCUACAGUUAUUCUAUGACUGAAUUUUACUUGGAUUCACUUUAAGAUUAAAAUGUUUACACAGGACGUUUUAAUAAUAAACAGAUUAACCAUAACAUAUAUAAUAAAGUUUUGAUGUAUGUUCUUUACGUUAAAUUACGUUUUUCCUGUUUGGACAUUGUAUUUUGAGAAAUAUAUAUUUUUUAUAUUUUGAUUAUCAUUAUGUGUAAAAACACUUAACCAUUACAUAUUCUUUCCACUGAUUCUGUAAACAUUAAUAAAUUGAAUUUAAAGAGGAAGGUAAGAAGAUCGUAGCCAGUAAAGGAAAUCUUAUAUAUAUAUAUUUAUAUUUUAACAAAUUGGAUUUAGAUUUCUAUGGGAAAAUUGGAACAAUCUCUAAAAUUUUGCCACUAAAGAAAAAUUUAAAAUUGAAUGUUGUAUAACGAUGUGGUAUCCAAGUCUCAUCUAGCGUUGAUUUUUUUUUAUCCACCAUUUAGUUAUUGAACUUUCAUCCUCUAAUGUGCUGUAUAUCCCUCUCAUUUUAUAUUUUACUAAUAUCGCUUCAUAAUAAUAAUAAUACUUCUUACUCGCUUAUUGGUUAACGUACAGAGUUUUACACUUUAUUAAUCUCCCUUUUCCGAUAGAAUUUAAGUUCCUAUACCUCAGAAGCUGCAGACUGAAAAUAUCUUAUAAAUAUCUUGCACUAAUUAAUUUAUACUUGCAUAUUAUGCAAUAACACAUACAGAUUGUUGGACAAGCAGGAUACACAAACACAUAUUUGAUACAAAACCAGACAUUUAUCUUCCUAAUGUAGUCUGAUAAAAAUAUACAUAAUACAUAAUAAAUUACGUGUGAUUUUAUAUAAAAUUCAUGAUACUGGUCGAAAAAAAUAUUUUCAAAUUCCUUACGUUCAUAGUUCCUUUAUUGAUUAGUCAUAGAUUCUUGUUGCUCAAGAGUUUAGUACCUAGAGGACAGAAGUUUUAUGUUAUUUAAGUUCGAAAAUAUUAUUUGUAUAUAAGUAAUAAUUGUGUGUGUUCUUUUUUUAAUAAAAUAAUGUUUUUAACACUUUAAAAUCCAUUGACUGUGCAUCUUUUGCAAUAAAGACUUUGGAAUUAAACUCCCUCAUACAAGACAGUUAUGUAUUUUGGCAUAAAGAACAUACAACAGAAUUAUUAGCAUAGGCUCUGGAAUAUUAUAUUUUUAUAUUGUAUAUGAAUUACUAUUUUAGUUACUAUUUUCUGUACACCUGCAGCACGAUUGCCAUAAAUGUUUUUUACUAUAAGCUACUUAUCUGACCCAGUAAGGUUUUAGAAGGUUGACUGUAUGUCUAAGUUAAGUUUGUUCCAUUCAGUUUGCUUUUAGUUAGGUUUUAGUGUAAUUUAUACAGUUAUGUAAUUUUGAUUGUAAAUAUUGUAUUUAUGUACAAUAUAUAUUUUGCUGUAUUUUAAUGAAUAAAAUAUUUUUAUUGA